AGAUAGAGCAUCACCCAUCUGUUGUUGGUCCUAUCUAAAAAAGCUGAGAGAGAAAGAGAGAGAGUUUCAUCUCUCUCAACUUUCUCAAAUUUACUGUCAGUGUACCUUUUGGCAUAUUCUUGAUCAACUUUUCAUCAGUCUGAUUGGUCCUCUUCUCCAUUAAUCAUCACAUUGCUAAGUUCUCUGAUGCUUUGCUCUAAUUAUAGCACGGAAACCACUUCUUUUAGAGUUGGAGAGAAAGAAGUUUUAUGAGGAAAACUUCUCAGAGAUUCAGCAAUAUUUUGUUUUAGUUUUUUCUCUGUUAUGCUGAAAAGUUGGGAUUGGUGAAGCGAUUUUGUGGACUUUGUGUACUGAAAUGGGGAGUUCAUGCAUGGCUUUGUAGUUUCGCUUGAGAGAAACAUGCAAAACCAGUUAUGUCUUGCUCUGCUGAUGAUUUGUCUGUGUGGAAGGAUUUUCCUAAAGGACUUCGGAUACUGCUGUGUGAUGAAGAUGAAGAUUCUGCCGCUGAAACUAAACUGAAACUUGAAGCCAUGGAUUACAUGGUACAUUCAUUCUGCAAAGGAGAAGAAGCACUGGAAGCUGUCUUAAGGAAGGCCGAGAACUACCAUAUCGCAAUUGUAGAGGUGACUGCUAGCGGUCCAGCCGGCUUUAACUUUCUUGAAAUGGUUAAGGACAUUCCAACCAUAGUUAUUUCGAAAGUUCAUUGCUUGAACACUGUGAUGAAGUGCAUAGCGCUGGGUGCUGCAGAAUUUGUUCAGAAACCAUUAUCAGAAGAAAAACUAAGAAACAUAUGGCAACAUAUCAUCCACAAGGCAUUCAAUGCAGGGAGAAAUGCCAUCUCAAUGCCAUUAAAACCUGUCAAAGAAACAGUUUCAUCAGCGCUUCAGAUGCAGCGCAAUUUCAGCGAACUUAAAAUUGAGAUUCCUCCACAAUUUUUUGAUAUGGAGCAAGAACAUGAAGGAAUGAAUAUAAAGGAGAAGGAAAAUGAUAAAUUUUCGGAAUCUUCAACUCCACAGUUGAUUAAAGGAGGGAGAUUGAGAGAAGAUAAGGUUUUUCAUGAUCAAACUGAGUGCUUGGAGAAAGAUUGUUCGGUUGGAGACACAGAAUUGUCUGAAACGCAAAAAUGCAAUCUUUCUGGAACAAAAUUCGUCGACAAUGCUUGCAAUAGCUUCACUGCUGCAGUAAAUAGUGAAGAAGCUGCAGCUGAAGUAGAGUUGGAUUCUGCUAAAGAAAUCUCUUUAAAUGUUUUAUCCAGAGAAAAUGCAGAGAAUGAGGAUUCUGAUUUGGAGAACCCAACAAAGGAGAAGCCUUUCGUUCAUACUAGCUCUUGCUUGAAUAGAGUGAGAGGAAGCAGGAGAAAAAUGAAGGUAGAUUGGACACCGGAGCUGCACAAAAGAUUUGUUAAGGCUAUCGAGCAGCUGGGUAUUGAUCAAGCCAUUCCAUCAAAGAUACUCGAGCUGAUGAAGGUUGAUGGUCUUACAAGACAUAAUGUAGCCAGCCACUUGCAGAAAUUUAGAAUGCAUAAAAGGCACAUACUGCCAAAGGAAGAUGACAGAAGAUGGCAAUUACACGCAGAUCCUUCACAAAAAGGUUACUUGCAGAAACCAGUCAUGGCCUUUCCUCCUUACCAUUCUAAUUAUAUAAUUCCACCAAGCCAACCUUAUCCAAUAUGGCCUCAUCAAACUUAUCACCUCCCACAUGUUCAGAUGUGGAGGCAUUCUGGUUUCCCAUCAUGGCCUCCACCUCCUGAGAAUUGGCCAACCAACAUUUACCCAGAGAAUCAUGAACUGUUUCAGAGUCACGCAGAUGCUUGGGGCUGUCCUGUCCUACCACACUAUAGUUAUGGUUAUGCCCAGUAUUACAUGCCUCCACAGGGUCCUGCUUUAAGUAACAAUGGGCUUGAGAGUUAUGGUGAUAGACAAGGAAGGCUGGAAAGCACCUACGAUCAUUGCCCGGCUGAGGAAGUUAUUGAUAAGGUGGUGAAAGAGGCAAUGAGGAAGCCAUGGCUUCCCCUCCCUCUUGGCCUUAAACCUCCCUCCACAGAAAAAAUCCUUGCAGAGCUCCAUAGCAAGGGCAUUCAUACAAUCCCUCCUUUACCGCGAAGACAUAGUCAACGAUGAUGAGGGCGACGUCGAUCGUGGCCUGAUAUUUAGGCUCCUUUGAUGGAGAUUUGAUGUAAAUAAGUUGGCCAAGGAUGAGCUUAGAUCAAGGGUUCUUUUUAUGUUAUUUUCUUGAUGCCCGCAUCAAGCUAGUAGAGCUAGGUCUUUAUCAUGUAUUCAUGAGGAAACAUAUAAAAAUAAACAACACUAGAUCCUUAGAGGAUUUCUUUCAUAAGGAGCAUUGCUUUAUAAACCCUAA